UUGUGUAAUGAACUGGAUUUGAUAAAGGGACUCAAGAUAAAGGAACCAUUAGGAAGUAGCGACUACAACUUCUAAGUUUUAAUCCGCAAUUUGAUAGGGAGAAGGUGAAAUCGGAUCUGUUGGUAUUGCAGCUCAGCAAAGGGGGCUACAGAGGCAUGGGGGAGGAGCUGGCCAAAGUUGACUGGAAAAGGACCCUAGAAGGGAUGACGGUGGAACAGCAAUGGCAGGAAUUUCUGGGAGUUAUUCGGAAGAUGCAGGGUCUUUUCAUUCCAAAGUGGAAGAUUCUAGGAGGAGAUAGAGGCGACUGUGGCUGACCAUCAAGCACCCACUCACGCUGGUUCUAUGUUAUCCCACUUUCUCAUCCACUCCCUGCACACUGGGGGCAAUUUACUGAGGCCAGUUAACCUACAAGCCCUGCACGACUUUGGAAUGUGGAAGGAACCCGUAGCACCCGGAGAAGGACGAACGUACAAACUCUGUACAGACAGCACCCGUAGUCAGGAUCGAACCCGGGUUUCUGGUGCUGCAAGGCAGCAACUCUACCAUUGUGCUGCACUUAGUUAGUUGGCAGGGAUAAGCUGGUCCAAAGGGCCUGUUUCUGUGCUUUAUGACUCAUAUGAACUAUGAGCUAUGAACCAUGGUCCCUGCCUUUGGUUGCACUAAUGACUAUUUUAUCGAAUUGUUGUUUCGGCCCGAAACGUUGCCUAUUUCCUUCGCUCCAUAGAUGCUGCUGCACCCGCUGAUUUUCUCCAGCUUUUUUUGUGUAAUCUUCGAUUCUCCAGCAUCUGCAGUUCCCUCUUAAACACUGUUGUUUAUUAUAUCUUAUCUGUGUGUGUUGCGUUACUGUUAAGACGCAGCCAGUAAAAAUAUCACGGUUCUGUUGGUACACAUGACAAUUAAUGACGCUGGACACUUCUCGUUGGUGCCUGCAGGCAGUCUCAGCGAGGCAACUCCGCCUCUCAGUCCCCAGCCACAGGGGGAAAGGCGCUAGUACCAGGCAAGUACCCGCUCGGAGAAUCCAGCGCCCGAAUGGCAUUCAGAAACUGAACUCUCACAAAACAUUACGGGCAAAGGCCGCCGACUUCUUUCUCGCCGCUUCCAAAGUUACAGAAAGAAACUGUGAAGUCGUUGUAUCGUUUUGAGGAAGUACAGAGAGAGAGAGCGGUGGGGGCUCAAAUAACGAGGGAAAUACUUCAUCCCAAAUGACUGUCUACUGAAAUAGCGUUGUUGGAUUCCGCUGGGAGCUUUACUCAGUGCCAUGGCCGUGAGAGGGCAAGAACAGUGGCCGGUGCCAAUGAGAGCAAUUGGUGCCCAGAACCUGCUCACCAUGCCAGGAGGGAUCACCCAGUGCGGCUACCUUCACAAGAAAGGGGCUUCUCAGUGGAAGAUCAUGAAGUGGCCUCUGCGGUAUGUGAUCAUUCACAAAGGCUGCAUCUACUACUUCAAGUCCAGCACUGCUGCCAUUCCACAAGGUGCCUUCUCCUUGAACGGCUACAACAGGGUUAUGAGGUCAACAGAGGAAACAACAUCAAACAAUGUGUUCCCCUUCAAAAUCAUUCACGUGAACAAGAAACACCGAACCUGGUACUUCUCCGCAGCGUGUGAGGAGGAGAGAAAGAAGUGGAUGAAGUGUUUGCGAGAAGAAAUUGACUGUUACCACGAGAAAGUGGAGUCGCUAGGAAAUCUGAGCGACAACAGUGACACAGAGAAUUUUUACGGCGCAGUUGAACGACCUGUCCAAAUAAAGUACAAUUCUCUGGAGUCAGAAGCUGGAGAUUAUGCAGAAGAAGAUGAUGAGGAAGAUGAAGAUGACUACAUGAAACCAGAUGUACCUCAGGACAGCCCAGAGCCAGAAGAUUGCCAACCAGCGUUGAAACGUCAUCCAGUCUCAUCUGAAAUGAGCGGCGUGAAGUCACCACCUCCUCUCCCACCUCCCAGUCCGAGACGGCACUCACAUGGUUUAGCAGCUGGGACAGAGGGUUCACCGGAAGCUUUGCCCUUGCCUUCCCAUGAAAAUAAUGCAUCCCAGAGACGUGUGCCUCCCGCUAUUUCAGCAGGCUGGCCGACACCCCCUCCCACUCACUCAAAGCCCACCCUGAGUGAACUGGAGCAUCGCAAAAAAACGGUGGAAGUCCCAAAUGCCUGCGUGAAGAGCAGAAGUAACUUUUCAUUGGAUUUGAAUAAGCAGUUGCAACAAGUAAUUGGAAAUAGGGAACAGUUGCGCGUUUCAACUCCUCAAUCGCCUUCACACAGAGGAUCUACAACAGGACCACCUCCAGUGCCUCUGCAUAAAGGAUCUAUUGGUGGGUCCCCUCUUAUGCCUCCCCACAAAGGAUCAAGUGGUGGACCUCCAGUGCCUUCCCACAAAGGAUCGAGCAGUGGACCUCCAACGCUUCACCGCAAAGGAUCGAGUGGUGGACCUCCUCCAUUGCCUUCCAUCAAACGAUCUAGUAGUGAAUCUUUUGCAGCGCCUUCCCACAAAGGAUCGUGCGGUGGACCUCCUCCACUCACUUCCAUCAGCAAAUAUAGUGGUGGACCUCCCCCAGUUCCUUCCAUCAAAGGAUCUAGUAGUGGACCUCCCCCAGUUCCAUCCAUCAAAGGAUCUAAUAGUGGACCUCCCCCAGUUCCAUCCAUCAAAGGAUCUAGUGGUGGACCUCCUCCAGUUCCUUCCAUCAAAGGAUCUAGUAGUGGACCUCCCCCAGUUCCAUCCAUCAAAGGAUCUAGUGGUGGACCUCCUCCAGUUCCAUCCAUCAAAGGAUCGAGUGGUGGACCUCCUCCAGUGCUUUCCAACAAAGGAUCUAGUCAUUCAGUGCCGAUGAACAAAUCAACAUUGUCACAAAUACCAACUCAAGCUGAAAUGAUUAAACCUAAACUAUAUAAGCCAGACUUGUUACCAAAAGCAGCUACCAAUGUUCCAAAACCACCACCUGUUUCAGCCAAGCCUAAAGCUGAAAAGCACAACACACUUCCCUUACUACGUUCGUCUCCCGAUGGACAAAGUUUUCGCUCUGUUCUCCCGGAAAAACCACUUCCUCGAUCUCGUUCCCAAUCCCAACCUCUGGAGCUGAUUCACCCGUCUGAUGAAGAAGAUGAUGAUGAUGAUGAUGAUUACGAGAGCGUACAGCUACCAGACUCUGUGUUUCUGAAUACAACAGAAUCGAAUGAUGUUGAGAGGUUGUUCAUAUCUUCAAGUCCCGGCAACAAACCAGCGAAUGGAUUGUACUGCAUUAGGAAUUCUUCAAAGUCUGGGCAGGUUCUAGUUGUAUGGGAUGAGUCAGAGAAGAAAGUGAGGAACUACAGAAUAUUUGAAAAGGAGUCCAAGUUCUAUUUAGUAAGUGAGAUAAAGUUCAUGUGCCUCCCGAGCAUGGUUGAAUUUUAUUACAACCACACACUGCCAAUCCAUGAAAAACUGUAUCUUAAGGUACCCUACGGACCCAGAAACCCACCCUGAUACCAUCAGCUUGCUUUCUCCACAACCGACUCGUUUUUAUGACUUGAAACAAAGUGAAGUAGGAUAAUUUAAAAGCUGCACAUCUGGAGUUUGGAGACUCUUGCACAUCUACAAGAAGGGAGAUAGAACGCCCUCAUUCCUGAAGAGCUAUGUAUCUCAAUUCAUUAUCGACAUGCUCGGAGAGACCCUGGCAGUGGAGUCUGCCGAGCCGCCGCUGCUUGCCCACCAAAGACCAGUGACAGGGAGGAAGGUGCCAGCCACGAUGAUGGAUGUGUUGGGAGAGGAGUGAGGCUGGUAGGAGAGGGAACUGGGACCAGGGUCUGGCCUACCACGUCUUCAAGGUCAGCUGCGGGAGGCGGCACCGGAGCACAAAAGUGGGCGGGCAAGGAGAGGACGUCAGCUGCUGGUCAGUUGAGGAAGGUAACAGCUGGAGGCUUGAAUCAGCAUGGAGUUUGCCUGAAUCGGGCACCGCUCAUAAGAACUGGAGCGUGGACUGGACUUGGAAAAUGGUGCUAACACAUGGCGACUCUUGCAUGCGGCAUCAGUCGGCCAUUUCUAUACAAUUGCUAAUCGAGGAUGAGCUUAGGUAUGUCAAUAUUCUACUGGACUAUUUGUAAGAAAAGAACUUCACCGUGAGAUUGCACGUCGUACAAGUGAUAAUAAAACACAGUUGAACCACUGAAGAGGAAACAGCUGUCAAACCAAACUCCUAUUGUUUCUUCCCCCUUCUUCUCUGCUCCCUGACAACACAACCAAGAUAGCUGUGAGAGAGAUUGAGUCAAACAUCCACCUUAGAAUAACAAAUAAUAUUGAACUUUGUCUACAUUAAUUUAAGAGAAUUAUAUCGUGGAGGGAUAACAUCGAAAUAUACAUAUUGUUAAUUACUUAGAAAUUGUAAAUAGAUGUUUUUUUUAAUGGAAGUAAACUAUUUUUGACA